AUGGCGACAGUAUACAAGUCCCUCUCCAAAUCCAACGGCUCCAAGGAUGACGAGUCCUCGAGCCAUGGCCCAAGGAAGAACAAGCAGAGAGUCCUGGCUCUCUCGUCGAGAGGCGUCACGUACAGACAUCGACACCUGCUCAAUGACCUCGCAGCAAUGAUGCCCCACGCGCGGAAAGACGCCAAGUUCGACUCGAAAUCCAAGCUUUACCAACUCAACGAGCUGGCGGAGCUGUACAACUGCAAUAAUGUCCUCUUUUUCGAGGCGCGGAAGGGCCAGGACUUGUACCUGUGGGCGAGCAAGGUGCCUAACGGUCCGACCGUCAAGAUGCACGUUCAGAACAUGCACACCAUGGAGGAGCUACACUUCACAGGAAACUGCCUGAAGGGCUCACGGCCGGUGUUGUCGUUCGACGCCGCAUUCGAGAAGGACCCCCACCUUUUGGUUAUCAAGGAGCUUUUCACUCACAUAUUCGGCGUACCCCAAGGCGCAAGGAAAUCCAAGCCCUUCAUCGACCACGUCAUGGGAUUCACGGUGGCGGAUGGCAAGAUCUGGGUGCGCAACUACCAGAUCAACGAGGUGGAAAAGACCGGUGCCACAGCUGACGGCGAAGACGUUGAGGAAGCGGAGAAGGCGUCAAAGAAGAAGGCGUUCGGCGGGCGGAGUAAAGACGCCGACAUCAAGCUGGUGGAAAUCGGCCCUCGUUUCGUCUGCACACCGAUCAUCAUACAGGAGGGCUCGUUCGGAGGUCCCAUUAUCUACGAGAACAAGCAGUUCGUGUCGCCUAACCAGGUGCGCUCGGAGCUGAGGAGGAAGAAGGCCGGGCGGCGGAACAUCAGGGCGGAGCAGGCCACGGAGAGCAUGGGCAGGAAGGGCCAGCUUGGCCUGAGGACGGAUGGGGGAAACAAAAAGACAGACGCUUUGUCGACCAAAUCCGUCUUUUCUUAG